AUGACACCAGCGGACACCAGCGGACACCAGCGGACACCAGCGGACACCAGCGGACACCAGCGGACACCAGCGGACACCAGCGGACACCAGCGGACACCAGUGGACACCAGUGGACACCAGCGGACACCAAAUGACACCACCGGACACCAGCGGACACCAGCGGACACCAGUGGACACCAGCGGACACCAGUGGACACCAGCGGACACCAACUGACACCAGCGGACACCAGCGGACACCAGUGGACACCAGCGGACACCAGCGGACACCAGCGGACACCAGUGGACACCAGCGGACACCAGUGGACACCAGCGGACACCAGUGGACACCAGCGGACACCAGCUGAUACCAGUGGACACCAACUGACACCAGCGGACACCAGCGGACAACAGUGGACACCAGCUGACACCAGCGGACACCAAAUGACACCAGCGGACACCAGCGGACAACAGUGGACACCAGCGGACAACAGUGGACACCGGUGGACACCAGCUGACACCAACGGACACCAGUGGACACCAGCUGACACCAGCGGACACCACCGGACACCAGCGGACACCAGUGGACACCAGCGGACACCAGCGGACACCAGCGGACACCAGCGGACACCAGUGGACACCAGCGGACACCAGUGGACACCAGCGGACACCAGCUGA